AAAUGCAUAGCAUACCAGAGUGAACGUGAUUUUACGAGAGCUACUAGUCGCUAUCGGGUAGAUGGGUCUGAUGGGUCUGAUUUCUUUGGGGGCAUGCGCUACUGAGAGAGUGUGCGCUGCCAAUGUGCGGCGAUACCGCUUCUACAGCAGCAAGAAACCUCGGUCUACACUACAGUUUUGUGGAGACAUCUAUUCGGUGUGGUUCGUUUCGGUUACGGUGUUUUGUGUAGAAAUCAUCCGGAGCUCCAAUUUGCCGCAUCUUCAUCUUUUUUUUUUAUCGCUUUAGCUCUCAGAGUUCUGUAUAGGGCUUCUCUGUGACUCUGAAUUGUGAUAAGACUUUUUUUUUUAGCGAAGAUAGAGUGGGAGUGAAAAGAAAUAGAACGCACCAUAUGAAAGUGUAAUGAAAUAUGCGAAAAGCUAUCGAUUUGCAAGAGUAAAAUCAACUACCAUGUCCCAGCAGAAGAAGAACCCUACUUGGAUAGAAUUAUGUGAUGUGAAUACAUUUGGGGUGCAAAAUUGUCCGUCUAUUGUGGCUCUCCGUUUACUUGAUCUCUAACUAAGCAAUGCCUGGAUUUGUUGUAUUCAAUCGUAGGUGGUCCGUAGGAUCAGAUGACCUCAUAGUUCCCGGCGUCUUUUUAGUAAUAAUUCACACAAUUUGGAUAUUCAUCCUCGCUCUAGUUCUAGGCCUAAUAGAAUAUGACAAUUCUGUGCGAUGCAUAGAAUUGAUGUGGCUGUAUAAAAUAGGAUAUGUUAUUGUAUUAAUUGUUUCUUUGCUAGUGGAGGUAACAAUAUGUGUAAUCUCAAUGAGAGGAAGUAUUCUAGAAACGAGUCUCCGGACAUCGAUGAAUUACUGGAUAUAUUUAAAGCUAUUUGUGAUAUUAAUAGAAAUUGCAUGGCUUGCAAUGGGUAUUGUAUGGCUCAAGGAGUUUUACAUGGAUUGUCCAAUUGCUGAGGCCAAAGAAGUGAUGUUCGGUCUAAUUGUGUGCAAUUUCGUGGUGAUUUUCUUCAUUAUUGGUACCCUAUGGUGUACAUUUGAUGCAGCUGGAAGAUCAUGGGUUAAAAUGAAAAAAUACCAGAGAUCGAUGAGAGAAUCAGAAUCAAGAUUCAAUUACCGCCGCAGUGGAAGUCGGAACCGAAAUUGGCGACAACGCAAAGUCAUACGGGCAUAUCAAGACAGCUGGGACCACCGAUGCAGACUUCUGUUCUGCUGCAUGGGUUCAUCGGAGCGCAACCGUAAUUCAUUCACUGACAUUGCCCGAUUAUUGAGUGACUUUUUCCGAGACUUAGAUGUUGUACCAUCAGAUGUAGUAGCUGGUCUAGUACUCCUGCGUAAAUUCCAGAAACUCGAACGUGAAGCAAUUAAAAGACAGCGUAAAAAUGGGACCUACGAAUUUCUCAGUGGUGCACCCAUUACGGAAAAGACACAAUUCCUAGCUUUAAAUGAUAGUUGUGACUUUGAUUUUUUUCAAAUGGUCAUACAUUAUAUGUAUUAUGCACAGAGUGCCUACGGAUGGCCUAUGUACGUGAUGACACACUCAGCUACAGGACUCUGUCAGCUUUGUUCCGGGCUACUCUGUUGCCUCACUUGCUGCAACAGCAAAACCAAAACACAAGUGAUAAAAGACAACUGUUGCCAGUGCAAUUAUGCAGCUUUGCGUAAAAUGUGUCCUGCUUCGGAAAUUGAUGUUAUAUAUGUUACCUAUCACGUAGAUGUUGGUGAAACACCCUUUUUUGUCGCCAUUGAUUAUACGAAGCAGAAAAUCGUGAUCAGUAUUCGAGGAACAUUAAGUAUGAAGGAUGUACUCACAGAUCUCAAUGCUGAAGCAGAGUGCCUACCGCUAAAUCCGUCUAGGGAUGAUUUCUUAGGACACAAAGGCAUGGUACAGGCGGCAGUCUACAUUAAACAUAAAUUAGAAGAAGAAAAUCUAAUACAAAGAGCAUUGCAUUACAAACCAGAGAGAAAUACCUCAACGUUCGGUUUGGUGAUUGUUGGUCACUCGUUAGGUGCUGGAACAGCAGCAAUUCUAGCCAUUCUUUUGAAAAAUGAAUAUCCUUCUCUGCAAUGCUUCAGUUACUCGCCUCCUGGUGGAUUAUUAAGUAUGCCUGCUGUUGAGUACUCAAAAUCAUUCAUAACGGCAGUAGUUGUUGGAAAGGAUGUUGUACCGCGCAUUGGUUUACAUCAAAUGGAAGCACUCAGAGCAGAUUUGAUUAAUGCCAUUAAACGGAGCAUCGACCCAAAGUGGAAGACUAUUGCCUGCUCAGUAUUCUGCUGUGGCUGUGGACCAGAACCUACCUCUGUAUCUCAGAUGUCAAGCAGAGACGACAAUAUCAAUGCAUAUGAAGAGCAAAGAACAAAUGCUAGAAAUACUAGUGCUCAUCCUAACGAUAGCUCUAUUGCACUCACCCUUCAUCGACCCAUGUAUCCACCAGGAAGAAUAAUUCAUGUUGUCCGUCAUCAUACUACUGCAGAUGAACACAAGUACGAGAACGGUUGGAGACACCUACUGAAGAAGCGUGAACCCGUCUAUCAAGCAAUUUGGGCAAAGAACACUGACUUCGAUGAAGUUUUGAUUUCACCUGUUAUGUUUAAGGAUCACAUGCCAGAUAAAGUGCUCGCUGCUCUUAACAAAGUCAUGCAUUUUAAUGAACAACGUCCUCCAAUUCAGGACAAUACACAUCCAGGCACAACUUCAACUAUCGCAAUAACUCCAGAAUCACCUCCCAGAAAUCUAUAUGAUACCAGGUUGUAACAACUUAUGGGCCACGCAAACCUCAACGUCAAUAUUCAAAGGUAAAUCCAUCCACAGUUACUAUUGAUCUACCCGAAGGCAAUCAUUACAACCAUCGACCUCAAAGUCCGAUGAUGCAUAAAGUGUGUCUUGAGACAUCUUUCACAAGCCUCCAAAGUCCUGCAGAUGCUCCUUUGUCCAGUAAAGGCUCCUCCUUAGCAGGAAGUAUACUGGGUCGGAGUUGCGAAGCCUCGAGCUUAGUAGAUGAUAGCGGGGUAGUGAGAAGUAUGUCUGGAGUGGCGAGUGAGGCUACGACGAUACCUCUUGCAGAACCUCGUAAAAAUGUUGCCUUUGAUGUUUCCAAAUUGAGUGGGACUCCUUCGCCAGCUCCUACAGUCUUGGCUUUUCCACGAGGGAUUUUGCAAAGAUCAGGAAUGCCCAGAAAACCCAUCAGUCUAUCAUUCACAGAGGGACGCCGCACACCUUCGGAUAUUGUGAAAAAAGUUGAUUUGAUUCACGAUGAUUGGUUUGGCUUGGCACCAUUGGCUAGUCCAGAAAGUCUUUCUGAGGUAUCCAGUAUCAGCUCUCGCGCGAGCUUAGCAGCAAGCCUCGCGACCAACAUUGAAAAAUGUUUAGGAGGAAUAAUUCAAUCCCAGAAAAGUGAACCUCUAAUUGUAGAGGAAUUGCAUACUCCACGGAUUAUGAGACGCGCACCUAAAAUAGUUGGAAAUCUUUCCACGUGCGGUGAUGAUUGGAGAUCUGUGGAACAGUACAAACGGAUGGGGCAGGUUUUUCUUACAAACCCCCGUAUGGCUUCCACAAAUACCAGUAGUUCAAGUGAUGAUCAGACUUUUGGCUCAGUGGAUUCUUCCGAUGGAUUAGAUCAUUUAAAUUUUCAACCUCCUGUUGGUAAUAUUAUCAAUCAGGAGAGCUCCAAGUCUGCUGAUAACAUUGAUGAAGACACCGCGGAAACGAUGAUUCCAGCCAAGUUAACAUUGAGUGAUAGCGCUAUUCUCGGAGAUGUACCUGAGCUGAGUUUGUGCGACAAUCAGUCCAACGUCCAACACCCUAGAAUCACAACAGCCAGUUCUAGCGAUACCUACCAUAGUGCAAUGUCUUCCCUAUCUGCUUUGGAGUCUGUUGUCGCAAAUCCAAAACUAAGGGUUGGAGUGCUCGAAUCCCACUUCCCAGUUUUCUCCGAAUGCCAUGAAAUCACUGAUCAAACCUAUCUAUUGAUAGACUCACCACGGCGAAGAUCACCUAGUCGAAUUAUUAGUAAAAGGCGCAAUACAUCUAGUGACAAAUUUUUUUCUAAGAAAGAAUCCCUACCGCUUCUUGCAAAUCUCGUGGAAAAGUCCAGUCCAACGAAUUUUGUGAAGCGAAAAACAUGCGUGUACCCCAUGACAAGUUCACCAUGCAAAAACGAAAGUAAUGUUUAAGAUGCAUGAUAAGAAGUUAGAACUUUUGAUAUUUUACAAAGUACAAGAAUAACAUUUAAUAAUAUUCCAGAGUGUCUAUUUGUGUCAUUGUAGUUACAUAAUAAUAGAGUAACGGCAAUUUUUAAGCCUCUUAGAUAUAUUUAAUCUGAUUUUUGUGACCCUUAUAAAUCAUUUUAAAUUUAAAUGCAAAGAUAAUAAAUUGUUCUGAUUAGUAGAAUGAAAUGUUAAACAGAUAAUUAAAUUAUUUGUAGAUAGAACUGAUCAAUCCACCAACAAUCAAUCAUGUAUUUUUUUUAUUUAAUCUGCAACUUACCUAUAGGUUUAAAAAUAAUAAUCAACUUAAAUAAAAUGUACAAAUCAUGCUACCUACAAAGUGGAGGGCGGGGGUGAUAAGUAUGUAAUGUAAUACUUAUAAUAUGUUUUAUCAA